AUGGCUACUCCACACGAGACCAUAGUCUCUGGCACCCAGAGAUAUGGCCGGGGACAAAAGGAAAGCAGGACCUGCCCAGAGCCCCCAGAAAACCUGGAGUCGAAGGACGUGGAGGAGCAGGUGCCAGAGGAACUCGCCAUGCGGAGGAAGGCCCAGGAAUUCUUCCAGACUUGCGAUGUGGAGGGCAAGGGCUUUAUUGCCAGGACAGACAUGCAGAGGCUGCACAAGGAGCUGCCCCUCAGCUUGGAGGAGCUGGAACACGUGUUUGAUGCCCUGGACGCUGAUGGCAAUGGCUCCCUGACCCCAGAAGAGUUCACCACCGGAUUCAGUCGCUUCUUCUUCAGCCAGAAUCAGCCACAUGAGGAUGAGGCUGAGGCCUCUUCUCCAGGGGGACAGGUGGCUCCCCUUCAGGAGGAAAAGGUCUACCAGACCCGAGGAGCAGAGGGGCUGGGCGAGGCAGACCAAGAUGAGGAGACCCAAUUCCAGCUGCUGAUGGACAGACUUGGAGCCCCAAAAGUUCUGGAAGACGAGAGCGACGUGAAGCAACUUUGGCUGCAGCUGAGGAAGGAGGAGCCUCAUCUCCUGUCCAACUUUGAGGACAUCCUGACCAGAAUCUUCUCACAGCUCCAAGAAGCCCAAGAGGAGAAGACAGAGCUGGAGUGCGCUUUGAGAAAGAAAAUUGCAGAUUAUGAUGAAGAAAUCCUGCACCUCUAUGAGGAGAUGGAGCAGCAAAUCAAAAGUGAAAAGGAACAAUUUCUCCUGAAAGACACAGAGCGGUUCCAGGCCCGCAGUCAGGAGCUGGAGCAGAAGCUGCAGUCCAAGGAGCAGGAAUUGGAGCAGCUGGUGCAGAAGCAGAAGAGGCUGGAAAGCCAGUACACAGCCCUGCAUAAUGACAAGGACGCGACCAGUGCAGAAAACACCAAACUGAAACUCAGCAACCAGGAGCUGGCCCGGGAGCUGGAACGGGCUUCGCAAGAACUGCAAGAGGCCCAGCAGCAGCUGGGAAGCCUGCAUCAAGAGACCUGUCAGCUGGAGCUCGAGAAGGAGAUGGAGGUGUCCAGAGUGACGGAGAGACUGCAGCGCGAGAAGUCGGGGCUCAUGAAGCAGCUGGAUUUUCUGAGGGAAAGGAACAAAUAUCUUCGGGAUGAACAGGACAUCCGUUUUCAGAAAGAAAAGGCCGCCAAGACAAGCAGAGUGGCAGCCAAGGCAAACUGCAUACAGCGAUCUGGCUCUGUGAUCGGCAAAUACAUUGACAGCAAAGGGAUUCUCAGAAGCCAGUCAGAGGAGGAGGAAGAUGUGUUUGGUGCCCCAAGGAGAAGAAGCUCCAUAGGCCUGAGUGCAUAUCUGCAUCCAGAAGAGGAGCCAGGAGGCAGGGAAGCUGAGGCCAUGGGCCCACACCUCCAGAGGCUCCGCAGAAUCAUCUCCAUUGAAGAAGACCCCUUGCCCCAGCUCACGGAGACUGGCUUUGAACAAUCACUGAGCAGCUGCACAGAAGAGGAUGGUGUCUCCCCAGAGGGGGCAGACAGCCCACCACUGCGUGCACCAACAGUGAACCUCACGCCCACAAGCCCCCGAGGCCAGCCCGUUGGAAAGGAAGCUUGGUCGAAGCAGGAAGAUGCACCCUCUGCCCCGGAUCAGCUCUUCAAGAUCGUGUUUGUGGGCAACUCAGCCGUGGGGAAGACUUCUUUCCUGAGGAGGUUCUGCGAGGACCGUUUCUCUCCGGGCCUGUCAGCCACUGUGGGCAUUGAUUAUAGAGUGAAGACAGUGAGUGUGGACAACUCACUGGUGGCCCUGCAGCUGUGGGACACGGCAGGGCAGGAGAGGUACCGAUGCAUUACCCAGCAGUUCUUCCGAAAAGCUGAUGGCGUCAUCGUGAUGUACGACCUCACAUCCAGGCAGUCCUUCCUAUCAGUGCGACAGUGGCUGAGCACUGUGGAGGAAGCUGCUGGAGAUCACCUUCCUGUUCUUCUGUUGGCCAACAAAACUGACAUUGAGAAAGAGCGAGAAGUGCCCCACGGGCUGGGGGAGCAGCUGGCCAAGGAGAACAAUUUGAUUUUCUAUGAAUGCAGCGCUUUCUCUGGUCACAACAUCAAAGAGUCUGUACUUCAUCUAGCCAGGAUGCUCAAAGAGCGGGAAGACGCUGUGAAGGAAGACACAGUGCAGGUGGGUCACCCUGCCAAGAAGAAGUCCUGCUGUGGCUGA